GCCACUCUCCGCGCGGACAACGCAAACAAACAAACAAACAAACAAACAAACAAACAAACAACUAACUUUAAGGACAAAGCAGCGCGAGCAGGUUGUUUUCAACAUGGCGACUCCACCGAAGAGAUCGUGCCGUGUUCCCGCCAGUCCGCCGCUGGACGGCAGCUUCUCCCGCCGAGAGAAGAAGAUCUCCAUCGAGGGCAACAUCGCUGCAGGAAAGUCCACCUUGGUGCGCCUCCUUCAGGAGGCGUCGGAGGACUGGGAGGUGAUUCCUGAACCCAUCGGGAAAUGGUGUAACGUCCAGAACGACAGCGACAUUUACCAGGAGCUGAGCUCCUCUCAGAAGAGUGGAGGAAACCUGCUGCAGAUGUUAUACGAUAAACCGAGCCGCUGGUCGUACACCUUCCAGAGCUACGCCAGUCUGAGCAGAGUUCGCUCUCAGCUUCAGCCUCCGUCUCUCAAACUUCAGCAGGCCGAAAACCCCGUUCAGUUCUACGAGCGCUCCGUCUACUCAGACAGGUACGUGUUUGCGUCCAACCUGUUUGAGUGCGGGAGCCUGACAGAAACGGAGUGGAGUGUUUUUCAGGACUGGCACACCUGGUUACUGAACCAGUUCGAACCGGACAUCGCCCUCGACGCCAUCAUCUACCUGAGAGCUCAGCCGCAGCGCUGUAUGCAGCGGCUGCUCCACCGGGGCAGGGAGGAGGAGGAGGGGAUUCCUCUGGAGUACCUCGAACAGCUUCACUUCAAACAUGAGGCCUGGCUCUUUAACAGGACCCUCAGGUUGGACUUUGAGUACCUGAACGAUCUCCCCGUUCUCGUUCUGGACGUCAACGACGACUUCAAGAACGAUCGGAUCAAACAGGAAGCCGUCAUCAACAAGGUCCGAGAGUUCCUUACCACGCUGUAGAACGCCAUCCACCAAUCACAGCUCAGGAUGGAGCGGUGGGUUGAUCUGAUUGGACGGCCCAGCUCCACCUCACCUCCUGUAUAUUUUUACUCUUGUAUUUUUGUAGAUAAAUGCUGGAAUGUUCUCUGCAGCAGCUCUGACAGUCAGAGAGUCAGUGAAGGCAUCGUGAGUGUAUUUACUGGAAUUAGCUUUGAUAUUUAUGCUUCAGUCUGAAUCAUCUCUCCUCGGAGGCAAAGUGCUUGUUUGUCCUGACAGUGAGGUAUCAGUGAACUCACCAUGAUGCCUUUAGGGACAGUUGGAGGUUUUUCUCUGUAAAUAUGUUUGAAUAAAGAAACUCAGACUGUAAAA